CACCCGUCCGUCCGGCGACCUCCUUAUAUUUAAAGUGGGUUGUCGAUUGAGUCGCGUCUUCGGCGGUCGACGCGUGUCACCAUCGUCAGCGAACGACAUAGCUUCUUCUUCUCCGAUUUGCAUUUUUCUCUAAUCUCUCUAAUUCCCCGAUUUCCAUAUCCAUUUUCAACGAACACAUUGGAUUUUCUUUUUCUUUUUGUUUUCCCCUUCGUUAAGUUCGUUCCAAUCUAUAAUUGAAAUCCGUUUUCGCCGACCUUUUCGCUUUAGAUUUCUGUUUCCCCGAUUCUUCUCUCUCUCCAGCUAUGGCCGUCGGUUGUGUGCGGCUUCGUUAUAGAGAGACGUAUUAAUCCAAACCGCCUUCUUCCAGAAAUCUUCGUUUCUAUGAUUGCCUUUCAACAAUUUGGAUCAAUGAAGCCUCCGACCGAGUCAGACGACGUCACUUUCACUUCCGCCGCCAUCUGUUUAUCGCCACCGUCAUCCUCUUCAGAUCCCUCUUUUUGAUUGCUGUUGUUUUUUUUCCUCUGUUUUUGUCUUUUGUUUUUCAAUUCCCUAUGCAUUCUUUCUGCUGCGUCUCCACUGUCUCCGAGAACUCUCCUUCCAAGCAACCGCCGAUUCCGAUGCCGGACCUCCAUAUUGCACCGGCCUCUCCUGCUGUCUCUGUCGCGUCCAGAUCCGAUCCGACGAUUCGAAUUUCCAAUUAUGGGCAUAAUCGGAGUCUUAGUAGUAGCGAUGCCGGACGCCUUAGUCAGCGGAGUAUUUUUGCUGCUGAGAUGGUUGGACGCCAUUCCUCGGCUAGGGAGCCUCCGGUUGACGUUAAGAUCAAUGAUAUUUUUGGGAAUGGUAUCUGUGGGAUACUCUACAAGUGGGUGAACUACGGCAAAGGUUGGCGUCCUCGUUGGUUUGUGCUUCAGGAUGGCGUUUUGUCAUACUAUAAGAUUCAUGGACCUGAUAAGAUCGUUGUCAAUGAGGAAACAGAAAAGGGAUCGAAGGUCAUCGGCGAGGUGUCGAAGCGGAGGAUUUCGAGACAUAAGAACGGGUUCUCUAAUCAGACUCUCCAGUUCCCACUCAGGCGCAAGCCAUUUGGGGAAGUUCAUCUCAAGGUCUCCUCAAUUCGAGAAAGCCGGUCAGAUGAUAAGAGGUUUUCCAUCUUCACUGGGACAAAGAGACUUCACUUGCGGGCAGAGACCCGCGAGGAUCGGGUGGCAUGGAUGGAGGCAUUGCAGGCAGUGAAAGAAUUAUUCCCAAGGAUGUCUAACUGUGAGCUCAUGGCGCCUAUGGACUUCUUGUCUGUGUCAACUGACAAGAUUAGACAGCGGCUUCUAGAAGAGGGUGUCAGUGAAACAGCCAUUCAGGACACUGAAAAUAUUAUGAAGACUGAGUUUGCUGCACUGCAAAACCAGCUUUUCUUGCUCAAGCAGAAGCAGUGGCAACUUAUUGACACACUGCGGCACUUAGAGACAGAAAAGGUUGACUUGGAGAAUACAGUAGUUGAUGAGAGCCAGAGACAGUCAAAUGAUCCUAGGGCCUUGUCUGGUCAGCUGGAAAAAUUUAGUGAUGUGAGUGCUACUGAAUCUGAUGAUGAUAAUGAGAGAGUCGAUGCUGCCGAGGAAGAAACAGACGAAGAUGAAAACACAUUUUUUGACACUCGAGAUUUUUUAUCAUCGAGUUCGUUCAAAAGUAAUGGAUCCGAUUACAGGAUAUCAUCAUUUUCUUCUGAUGAUGAAGGCCUUUGUACAGUUGAUUCUGAGGAAGAGGUGGAUCCAUCAAUUAGAUCUGUUGGAACAAAUUAUCCAUAUGUUAAGCGGCGCAAGAAAUUACCUGAUCCAGUUGAAAAGGAGAAGGGUGUCAGUCUUUGGUCAAUGAUUAAAGACAACAUUGGAAAAGAUCUCACUAAAGUCUGUCUUCCUGUGUACUUUAAUGAGCCUCUUUCUUCUCUGCAAAAGUGUUUUGAAGAUUUAGAAUAUUCAUACCUCAUUGAUCGGGCAUAUGAAUGGGGAAGAAGGGGUGACAGCCUCAUGAGGAUUCUAAACGUAGCUGCAUUUGCUGUAUCUGGGUAUGCUUCAACAGAAGGAAGAAGUUGCAAACCAUUUAACCCACUGUUAGGGGAAACUUAUGAGGCCGACUUUCCAGAUAAAGGUCUCAAGUUUUUCUCGGAGAAGGUUAGCCAUCAUCCAAUGGUAGUUGCAUGCCACUGCGAGGGCAAUGGAUGGAGAUUUUGGGGUGAUAGCAAUUUGAAGAGUAAAUUUUGGGGUCGGUCAAUUCAGCUUGAUCCUGUUGGUCUCUUGACAUUAGAAUUUGAUGAUGGAGAAGUCUAUCAAUGGAGUAAGGUGACAACGUCAAUUUACAACCUGAUACUGGGAAAGCUGUACUGUGAUCAUUAUGGUACAAUGCGCAUACAGGGAAAUCGUGACUACUUGUGUAAACUAAAAUUUAAGGAGCAGUCCAUUAUUGACAGGAAUCCGCACCAGGUACAGGGUGUAGUUCAAGAUAAAACUGGAAGGACGGUGGCUACAUUAUUUGGAAAAUGGGAUGAAAGUAUGCAUUAUGUGAAGGGGGACUGUUCUCAUAAGGGAAAAGGAUUUGAUUCUUUAUCUGAAGCCCACCUACUCUGGAAACGAAGCAAGGCACCAAAAUUUUCUACUAGAUAUAACUUCACGCGCUUUGCUAUGACUUUGAAUGAGCUGACACCAGGCUUGAAGGAAAAGUUACCUCCUACAGAUUCAAGGCUCAGACCUGAUCAAAGGUGUCUAGAAAAUGGAGAGUACGAAAUGGCUAACUCAGAGAAGUUGCGAUUGGAGCAGCGCCAGCGGCAGGCUCGGAAGAUGCAAGAGCGAGGUUGGAAACCAAGGUGGUUUGCCAAGGAGAAGGGAAGUGAUACUUAUCGCUACAUUGGUGGGUACUGGGAGGCCAGAGAGCAAGGGAAAUGGGAUUCAUGCCCUGAUAUAUUCGGUCAGAUCCCUACUGAUCCACAACUCGAGUGAGUUGAAUAGUUUUUUUCUUUUGAUGUUUUUUUUUUAAUUCUUUUUUCACAUAUAUUUACCGGAUGAGUAGCCAAUAGCGUGCUCAUUUGAGUAGUUAUACAUAGUAUAGCAACUGCCACUGUCGAUGUGGUUGCAAAGUAAAUUAGAUUGAAGAUGCUGGGCAGUCAAAACGAAGUUAGCAAAGG